GAGUACGACAUACAGGAAGAAAAGCCGCAUUAGCUUCGGCAUUCCACAUUUGCCAUUGAUCGUAUUCAAGACCUAAAUAGUACUUGAUAAACGAAGGGCGAUUUCACUAUUUUUGCUGUACCGUUUUCCGCAUAGCGACGACUUUUCUACGCAUCUCUCUAUUGGUUCAUUGCCUGUGAUCGAGGUCCAGUCGUGUCUACACUUUCCUCAAGUCUGGGGUACGACUACACAAUUCAACCAGGCCCGAUGAUCCGAAGACCUCAUAAGAAAUCGCGGCACGGAUGUCAUGGUUGCAAAAAGAGGCGAAUUAAGUGUGACGAGGAAAAGCCCCGCUGCCAGAGAUGUGUCACACGUGACGUCACAUGUACCUACCCCCGAUUACAAUCUCUAGUCUGGGUUGAUGACCCAUCUACGCCAGAAACAAACAGCGAAGCAUCAAAAGACAGUGGCCCUUCACCUCCAGCUUACAGCUCGACCCCUCGAAAUGAGGAAGCUUUGACGUCGGGCACGAAAACUCCGUCCCUCAAUCUCGAAAACAUAGAUCUGAUAAUCCAUUGGUUCACAAAAACCGUGUACACAGUAAAUCCACCCAAUAAUCUCGCUGCCAUCAAAACAUCACAGACUCUCAUUCUAAACGAAGCAAUGGAACACCAUUUUCUUCUCCAUGGACUCCUUGCUCUAUCAGCUCUUCACUAUGCAGAAUCCCACCCAGACCAUCAGAAAUAUAUCGAGAUCGCCACGGCACAUCACACUCGAGGGCUUAAUCUUUACCACUCCAUCCUUUCGAAUAUUAGCAGAGAGAAUGAUACUGCCAGUAUUGCUUUCUCGAGUAUUACUGCCAUGUUUGCUUUUGGUCUUGCGAGGCCAGACCCAAAUAAAGAGCCUCCAGUGGAAUUGAUUGACGACUUUGUUCAAGCUAUUUUUCUAUCUAAAGGUUGGCAUACUAUCAUGAAUGUGACACGGGGACUAAAGUCUUCUCCCCCAGAAAAAGAUAAGAUCACUCUGUCACCGGAUGCAGAAGCUGCUUUUGCUCGAUUAUGUGCUUUAAACGAAGGCCAAAACGUAACACUCUAUACAGAAGCAAUCACUUCUCUAAAGUUUAGUUUUAAGAAGACUGAAGAAGGACAAAAUGACAAUCCACAUCUAUCUGUUGAAUGGGGAAGCUCGUUGCAAGAAGAUUUCUUAAAAUUGAUCAUAGCUAGAGAUACUUUUGCUCUAGUUAUUAUGGCAUUUUCUUGUGUGAUGUUUGAAAAGGUUCCGCAGGUAUGGUGGUUUAAGGGUUGGUCUAAGGGACUAUUGGGGGUUAUUUGGAGGGAAGUUGGACAUGAUUAUCAUGAGGUUCUGGAAUGGCCGAAGAGGAUUGUUGGGUUUGAAGCGUAGUCGCGUGUUUGUUGGAAUUGCGAAUUCUAGAAUUUAAAAUUAUUGAUAAAUUGAAAUAACAGCUGAAUAUUCAGAGACAUCAAAUAGAUCUGACGGCUGCA